AUGAGGAGAUUAAAGGAGGCCACACCUGAAAGUCUGGUUCCCUUGACAGAUUUUGAGGAUCAGGUUGUUUGGGAAGGAUGCCGCUCCGGAGUGUUCAAUACCAAGUCCGUCAUGAAAGCUCUAUAUACAACGAGAGGAGAAGUAUCGUGGAGUAAGUUGGUUUGGGGGAAAGGCUAUGUUCCAAGAUAUGCUUUUAUCGUUUGGCUUUUAUGUAAAAAGAAGUUGCCUACAAUGGAUAGACUUCGAAAAUGUGGUGUAUCUCUGAUAUCUAACAUGUGUGUUUUUUGUAAAAGAGCAGAGGAAAGCAUGGAGCACCUAUAUUUCAACUGUUGCAUGACAAGACCUGUGUGGGCUAAGGUUCAGCAUAUGUGCCUGACCUUUAGGGGCUCAUGCUCCUGGGAUCAGAAUCUAGCUUGGCUUGCGGCACAUUUGAGGUCAAACUCCUUUGCAGACCAAUUGAGAAGAUUGUGCUUUGCUGCAACAGUGUAA